AUUUCCCCCUAUUUAUCUCCUUAUCUAGGUUUUUCCCCUCUUUCUCAUCCCCGACUCUUCUCUCUUCUCAGUUCUCUCUGCUCUCCCCUCCCCGCUCCCUGCCGACUCUUUUCUUGCUCCUCUUCUGCUCCCUGCCGACUCCUCUUCUGCUCCUCGACGACUCCUUCCCUAUAACUCCUCGUUUUGCGGCUCUUCUCCUAGGCGACUCUUCUCCCCGCUGACUGCUCCUUCUGCGGCCCUUUUCGCCGUCGACUCUUCUCUCUGCCGACCCUUCUCCUCUGACUCUUUUCCCCGUCGACUCCUCUCCCACGAUUGCUCCACUAAUCGUGUUCUCGUGAUUGCUCCCGCACCAUUUGCUGCCGCAGCUACUGUACGUCGUCGCUACAGCCGUCCUCAUCAUCUUCUGCAAUAACAUGGUGGAAUAAGGAUUCUCCAUGGGAGUCUUUCACCCUAACUACUGAUUUUGACUAGAAAAAAAAAUGCAGAACCUGUAAUGCAACUGGACACUGAGGCAACAGAUGGAUCCUACAUUGAGUUCAAAGACACUGACUUAGUUUGGCAUCAUCAAUAUGCUGAUCCAGAUUUUAUCUCUUGUCAGACUAAAGAACUCCUGGAUCACCUAGAAAAUGUGCUUGCUAAUGAGCCUAUGGUUGUGAAGAGAUGCCAACAUAUAGUUGAAGUGAAGCCCCAGGUUAUAUCAAAAGAAGUUCCAUUGAGGUGCCUCUUGGAGCUACAUGGGUUCAGGGAACAAUGCGAACUUCAGGAUUUGAUACAAUUCUGUAGCUUCCUCGUUGGCAAAUAUCUUGUUGUUGGAGUUGUUGAUGGAAGGAACAUUCAGGCAAAUGAUUUUGCAUCCUCUCUCAGCACACUUGCGAGUCUCGAGGCCAUUGUUGGAAAAGAUAAGCUUGUUGUCUCAACUUCGUGCACACGGCUGUCGACCUUGUCAACGAGACAAAUUAAAUUGGAUACUGAGAUCAAGGGCUUGCUUUUGUGUCUCCAAAAGUUGAUGAAGUAAAUGCAUUGGCUAAAGUGUUGGCGGUGAGAAGGAUGAGGUAGUUCUCACUGCAAAAGUUAUUCAUAUUUCCAGGUUUACAAAUCUCAAGUACUCCAGAGUUGAAAUUGAUGAAGUGCGGUUCGAGUGGGCUUAAUGCAUGCUAGAUUACAUUUGAGUAGGAAAGGUAUUUGAUUUUUGAAAACUUUGGAUGAUGCAUGCAAAAUUAUGAUUUUGGUCCUGUAAUUUACCUUUUUUCUAAUUUUCAUCCGGUUAAGGGUUCAUUUA